GUCAGAAUGUAGUUUUUGAUGACAACAUUGCAACCCUGAACUUUAACUAUUCUGUCUCAGAGUAUGGUAAUUACAUGUUUUCAGUUAAUAGCUAUAACUACUUGGGACAGAUUGUUGGUAAUCCAUUGAAAGCUAGUGUCUGUGUUUCAACUCCUACUGUUAAUGUUGAAAUAUUUCCAGACUAUGAUAAUGACCAUAUUUUAAUCAUAAUCAUUGACACUUCAAUUUGUCGAGUUGAUGAUACGUCUUGUAGCAUUUCAUUGACAGAUAGCUCAUCUUAUAAUGAGAUGAUGCCCUGUGCUCUAGGAAAAGUGGUAGAAUUUACUAACAUUACAUUUGGAAAAAAUUAUACUUACAGUGUUACAGUUGCUAAUUUAUUUGGAUCAUCAAACUCAACUGAUACAGUGGGUUAGUUCCACAAAAUUAAAAGUGUUGGUGAUUUGACUGUAUAAUUUACAUGUAGCUUAGAAAUAUACUGUACAUGUACACGUAAACUACUUUGUAUCCUACCUAAGCCAAACUUCAAAGAGGCGGCAGUGCUGAUAAAUCACUUAUACUGCCCUACAGAGCAUGAUAAAUUCCUUUCAUGUUUGAUAUAAGCACUGCUGCAAUAGAACUUUGAAAUAAACUUUAAAAUAAUAAAAUUAUUGUAAUUUGAAAAAAGAGUGAUAAAAAUAAAUUUGUCAAUAAACAGAAGGACUCCAGCAGCUCAGUGGGGACUGACACCCCCAAUAGCAGCCAUUUUGCUGCAACUAUACUGACGGACAGAGUUGGAAUCAUUGAGCAUCUAUAAGAUGCCAGAGAAUUUGGCUACAAGCAGUCAUUGGCCACAAAUAGUUGUUAACAUAAUGAAG